CCUCUGGUUCUCCGCGCGUACCAAGCUUGGAAGGGGAGAAGAUAGCAAGUGCGGUCUAGUCCACCUGCCAACCUUCUCCCCGGAGGCCAAAGAACACACUUGUGACCGUCCCGCAGAAGGCUCUCUCUCUCUCUCUCUCGCUCGCUCGCUCGGAGGGAAGGCGGACGCAAACAUGUUCGGAAGGAAGCAUAACUCUCAUGAUGACCAGGAUCAUGCUGCUCUACCACACCAAGAGAAGGUGGAAGAGCUGAGAGCUGCUAUCGGACCCUUAUCCGGACGUAGCUUCAUGUUCUGCACCGAUGCAUGUCUGAGGAGAUACUUGGAAGCUUGGAACUGGAACGUUGACAAGUCGAAGAAAAUGUUAGAGGAGACACUCGAGUGGCGAGCAACUUACAAGCCAGAGGAAAUUCGUUGGCCUGAGGUUGCUACCGAAGGUGAAACCGGCAAGGUCUACAGAGCGGAUUUUCAUGAUCGCGAGGGAAAAAGUGUUCUUGUGCUGAGACCAGGGAGACAGAACACAUGCUCGCACGACAGCCAACUCAGGCAUCUGGUGUAUCUCCUGGAGAAUGCCAUCAUCAAUCUGCCCCAAGGACAAGAGCAGAUGGUUUGGCUGAUAGACUUCACGGGAUGGUCAUUGAGGAACUCGGUGCCGAUUAAGACUGCUCGAGAGACGGCAAACGUUUUGCAGUCUCACUAUCCCGAGAGGCUUGCGGCUGCAUUCCUAUAUAAUCCCCCAAGAAUUUUUGAAUCAUUUUGGAAGAUAGUUAAGUAUUUCCUGGACCCGAAGACCUGCGAGAAGGUGAAAUUUGUGUACCCGAACAAGGAAGAGAGCAUGGAAGUGCUGCGCAAAAGCUUCGAUUUCCAGAUGCUGCCCGAGGAUUUUGGAGGAGAGAGCAAUGUGCAUUAUGAUCACGAGGAGUUCGCGAGACUGAUGGCAAAGGAUGAUGCCAAGACCGCGGCGAUUUGGGGAGAGGAUCAUGCUGCCGGAGCAUCUGAGGUCGCACAUUUGGUAAGCAUGAACGAGAACGGCAACUCGAAAAAGGAGCAAGUCAAAACAACAAGAUAAGCGAUAUGAUCAUCUGGAAUUUGACUACGCUAAAAGAACUACGACACCAAUACACGGGCUGUAUCAUCACUUGUAUACAGAACAACUUCAACGAUGUCUGGAUCUGAACAUAUUCGAUUGCAGCAAAAAUAUACGCACGAGAGUAAGGCUACAAACUUUCAGCCUGAUCGGACAGAAAAGACAUUCCGUUUAUGAGAAACAAAAUGGGUCCAUUAAAACCUACAUAAAUAAAUAAAUAAAUAAAGUAUUGGUUA